GGGAGGAGAGAAAAAGAGUGCCGUCAUUGUAAAGCGAGAUACGGCACCACGGACGUACGUUUUGGCAGGCCUGUCCCUUUCAAAUGGGAAGACCUCCGGAUUUUAGGGUUUCGUUUCCUCGUGAUUUCUCGUAGUGCAGAGAGUGAGAGUGCCCAACAGUGGAGCCAAGGAGGGAGGGGAGUAGAGUGCGGGACAGAAACGUCGGGGAACGAGCCAGGACCGAAUCGAUCGGAGAUUCUGCGGACUCGGAGUGGUGGAGUGUCUGACGAGAAAACUUUUGAAUACAGCCUAUAUGCUUAGGAGCCCGGAACGAGCACGAAUUUCGAGGAUGAAGAGGAAGAGGGAGAGGAGGAGGGUGGUGCGCUUGUAGACAUGGAGCAGUCGUCAAAUUUGAGGCAGACGACAUGGCGAGCUCUCUGUCUCAAUUUCAGAUGAUGAAAAGUGCCUCGGAUCGCCUCGUUGUCGCGAUUGAAGAUGUGAGUGACUUGUGGCCAGUCGUAAGGGAGAAUUUUGAGGCGCGCGUUCCUUUCAGAAGAGUUAUUUUGAACAACAAAGCACGAAAUCCAGUGUUGGUAGAGAAGCUUCCUGUCGAAUACAUUCUUACUACAGAUGCUCGUCUCCGGGGUCGCACUCCACUGGAGCAGUCCCCUUUCUGGUUUCGCCACCCGUAUGCAUCUGUAGUUCUUGUCGCUUGUGAGGAUCUAGACGAAUACAAGCAACUACUGAAACCACGCUUGAAACAAAUUGUGCAAAAUGAAGAUCGUGAGUGGUUUAUCGUUUUUGUCUCCAAAACUCCAGCCAAUGAUCCUAACUUCAAGCACACAAAGAAGGUUUAUCUCAGGCUUGAAGCUGACUUCAGCUCGAAAAAGCGGGAGAGAUGCUGCAAGUUGGAGACACAUAUUGUUGAUCCUACUGUAUGGGAAGACAUUGAACACAAAGUGGUGGUAUGCAUUCAACACACUCUGGACCGGCGGGUCCAGUUUUAUGAGGAGGAAGUUAGAAGACUUAGUGAACAUCGGUUCAUGCCAGCCUGGAAUUUUUGUAACUUCUUCGUUGUGAAGGAAAGCCUUGCAAUCAUGUUUGAGAUGGCUCACUUGCUUGAAGAUGCACUACGGGAGUACGAUGAAUUGGAACAAAUUUAUCUGGAAAUUGUGAAUUCCUCAAAUAUGAAGGCCAGGGAAUUUGGAGGUACAGAUGCCGGCGAUGAGCGUUCAGCUAUAUUGGAUGCUUCUCGAAAGCCUUUCGCCCAGUUCCAGUUGGAAGACGCCGUGAAGGAAUUCGAUUUCCGACAAUAUCUUUUCGCCCGACAGGCUGUGCUGCUUUUCUACCUGAACCGGCCAGCGGAAGUCGCGGCAAGGGCUUUUCCUUUCAUCAUGGCAUUCUCCAGAAGUCUUCUACUGCAUGAAAAAAAGUUGCCGUUCUGUCUCCGUGAACUGUGGGUUCUCACAGCAUGCUUGGCAGUUGUGAAAGCAUCUGCAGAACGUUUCACGCCCCGUUCAGUUACUCCUGAUGUGGAAAAAGACUUCUAUCGUCUGCAAGCAGACUUGUACUUGUACGCGCGUACCAAGCUGAUGAGACUAGCAGACCUAGUGGGGUACGGAUCCAGAAUAGAGAAAAGUCCGUGCAACAGUGCAGCAUUAAGCAUGUCACCGUGGCCAAAGCCAGCAGUCUGGCCUCCUGUUCCUGCCGAUGCAGGUUCUCGAAUCCUUGCUAAGCAGCAAUCUCUUACAGAAAAGCCAGAUGCGAUCAAUAGCAUGCGUCGGGAGCUUCCUUUGGCUCCUGGUAUACUUCUACGAGAAGCAAAUCGUCGAAGGGCUUCUCUUUCUGCGGGCAAUAUACUGGAGCUGAUGGAUUCCAACCGCAACAGCUUCAAGGAAGGGUUUAAAAGAUCUGAAUCCAUGGGAGAAGAUGGUCGUAGUAGCCUAAAAUCUAGUCACUUGUCCUCUAGCAAUGGCAAUUUAGCUGCUGAGGGUGCAAGCGUAAACUCGCCACGGUCAGUACCGCCAAGCCCUCCGACUCCAGGUUUGACUCAUGCUCGUUCGGCAAGCCCUUUAGUGCCACCACUAAGCCCAACCGGAAGUUGGGGUUCAAUAGAUCGUCCUAUGAAGCUUGGCGAAAUACAAAUAGCAGCGGAGGAUGCUUUGAAGGCAAAAGAUUGCGAUGAGAGUCUUCAAAAAGCCUUAUCUUCUGUUGCCGAGUUCGAGGAGCUGUAUUUAGAGCUCACGCGAGCUGCUGCUGACAACUUUCAUCGUUCUUGGCGGAAGAGACAUGGUGUUGUUCUGGAUGGUGAGGUCGCGGCAGUGCACUACCGUCGUGGAAACUUGGAUUCUGCAGCCAAGCUCUAUGAAAAAGUUUGUGCUCUUUAUGCUGGGGAGCGAUGGCAUGCUUUGCUCGCCGAGGUCCUCCCUCGUCUUUCUGAUUGUCAAAGGCAACUUGGUGACUGGGCCGGAUAUCUUUCAUCAUGUAUCAAACUACUAUCAUUGGAUCGAGGUUUGCUGACAGAUGAAGAGCGACGGACUUUGCAGUCUGAAAUCGUAAGGCUAGCUCACAGUGGGUUGAGGACUCCUGUAUCUCUCGAUGUCUCCGUUCUGAUUACCUUCACUUCGAAGGGAGGGCCGCCCCUUGAGCUUUGUGAAGGAGAUCCUGGGACACUGCAAGUCACAGUCUGGAGUGGUUUUCCUGAUGAUAUAUCACUUGAAUCCCUGAGCCUUACUCUUGUCACCACUUUCAGUGCAGAUGAAGGCGCUAAGGUUGUGAAAAGUGCAGAUGCUCCAGUACUGAAUCCUGGCAAAAACAGUGUCUCCAUUCUCUUGCCUCCUCAGCGUCCUGGAUCUUAUGUGCUCGGAGUUCUCACUGGGCAUAUAGGGGAAGUGAAGCUGCGGUCCCAUACCUGCUGCUACACGAGUGCAUCUAGUUGUAAGGGUGGUCCCCCAGACAGCGAUGAUUAUCUGAGUCAGGAAAAGCCUAUCCGACCCGUCCUUGAGGUUUCCAAGCCGCGAGCGUUGGUAUCUGCUCAAGCAGCUGUAUCUUGGAGACUUUUGAUCGGUGAACCGCAGUGGGUUGGAAUUGUAGUCGAACCUUUAGACUACUCGCUUGAGGGUGCUCUCGUGACUAUCUCAGCGGGACCUGGUUUGGACAUCGAUUUAGAUCAAACCACCUGUCUAGAAGUAUUCGAGGAGGCAUACGUCGCAUCAACAAGCAACGAGGUUGAUCCAUCGAGGACAGGCUCCGUCGAGGCUAAUGGCAAUGUUGAUACAGGACAUGUGGGAACUUCUACAGAUCAACCUCCGGAACCUAGUAUUAAGAAAGAAGUUGUACAUGUGAAAGGGGGACAAGUGGAGCUACCAAAUUGGGCGAGUCGCCUUUCAUCUGUCUUGUGGCUGCGCGUAAUCGCUCAUGUCCAGGAUGAGAACUCAGGGGCUGAAUUGCUGCCUCUACUUCCUACGUCUCCAAGACAUAGCCUGAAUAGACGAUUAUCUUCGAGUAAGUCUGCUAAAGAUGUUGUGACUAUCGAGCCCGCAUCUGAGGCAGGGGAUAGUGUAACGCGGAUUGAAUCUUCAAGACAGGCCACAAGCACAGCAGAAGGGAUGAGAACUGUCAAUGUGAAGUUAGAUUUUGGUGCUGGGCGAAGCAGGACGUUUGAGAGGGCUAUUGCAGUGCAGUUUACAAAGCCAUUCCGCACACUUACUCGGGUUGUGAGCAAGGGAAAUGAUGGAACUCUCAUUUUGCAGGUUACCUUGAUAUCGGAGUUGGUCGCCUCCAUCACAAUUUUGGAUGCGAGAUUAGAGUUACAAGCGGGUUUUAUUCAUGUUAAUGGCUCCGAUGGCCGACCUAGUCCAUCGUGGUUAGUACCGCUUCAGCUUUCGGCAACGUCUGAAGGCGCUCUCUUGUUUGUGGUCCGUUCUACAAGCCCCGUCAUAAAAGAAGGAAGUGCAAUUUUGAGUAAUGGACCAAUUGUUGAUACGUCGAAAGCGUUGGAGAGCCAGUUAAUUGUCCAGUAUAAAAUAUCUGGCGAACGCAGGAUAGGGGCCCAUGCUCCUGUUAGGGAUCGGGACGCACCUGUUUUUGAAGAUCAAGCAACGCUGACUUUCACAAAUAGUUUCAUCCUUCAAAUGCCGGUUCUUGAACAGCUAGUUGCCAUUGGCAUGCUCCCGGUUCCGAUCCCUGGUCCAAGAGUAGGACAACAAGUCAUCUUUCAGUGGAGGAUUGAGAGAUUGAAGGAAGGUUGUAUCAAAGUGAAGAAUGUGGAAGGUGACGGGAAUCAGGUCGCUCAGGAAUCUUUACCUUCGUCAUCUAAUGCUGAGGAUAUGGAAGAGCUUGAGUACGAACUUCAAGCGAGUACAGAAAAUUGGAUGGUUGCAGGAAGAAAGAAGGGCAAUAUUGUACUCUCGUCAAAGAUGGGUGCGAGAGUAGUCAUCUCGAUGGCGUGCGUGCCACUUGUUGCUGGUCAUGUGCACCCUCCUUCUUUGUGCUUGGCGAACAUCAGUCGAGCUCACAUCAGUAGUAGCCCUGCAGGACCUCAUAUUGUUUGCGUGUUACCUCCCGCACUAUGUUCUACGCUUUGUGCUUCUAAGGUCCUUUAGAUGGUUAGUGCUCUGCUAGCGCUGUAGAUGACUUCUUGUUUUGAGUCGGCAGCCUGUAUUGAGUUGUUAGGCUAAGGUGCAUUCAUUAUAAGCUUGUGGCAGAAGUUGACUACUUGACCACCAGUUGUUAGUAAGUGGAGCUCCUCUUUCGUUUCAUCUGCCCUUUAUCAAGAAUUUUAGGGUCCUUUGCUCGCCUUCUCCUUGCACUUCCACAACACAACAAAUUGGUAGCUUAGCUUUGCUUACUCUCUUUUGUGGUGAGUGGAUUAGAUUGAACUACUCACCCCAGUCAACCAAAAUUUAUGCUCAUUUUCCGACAACAACCUGUUAUCCGGAGCCUGCUACAGUUGACGAGAUUAGUUUUUGAAGAGUUGUGAACCAAAGGUUAUCCGUACAUGAGUGGACAACGUGGAGCCACGGGGAGAAUCAGCAAGCUCAUCUGUAUAAUUGAUAUAAGUAGAAAGUAAUCUUAUUUCCACUGCUCUUUUAGGCUAUCUGCGUCUGAGGCUUCCAGGGAGGUAAUUAACGUUUCCAUGCCAAGUAUGUGAAUCGCAUCUUGUUCGUCUCUCAUCUGGUCCUUUCUCAGACAUUCAUCACACCUAUGAUUUGUGGUUGUGGAGCAGUGCAAAUGUUCCGGUCUCUGGAUUUUGUUAUGGGGUUAAGUCAUCGUCGGCCAGAAAUUUCAAACCUCACAUUCUGCUCUCACCUGAAGGUUGAAGUUUUGAAACCUGUGUACACGAUGUUUGGAGAUGUAUUGUGGGUCCUUAGCACGCACUUCUGCUGGCUAAAACUUCUAAUGGAAAAAGAGUAUGAC